GUGCAUAGGGAAAUUCACAUCGGACCUGUCCAAAUGGGAGAACGGCUAAACUCCAUAUAGGAUCAGAUUGAUCUCUUGUAAGUUUUUGGUCUCCUGACCAACAAUCUCAUUCCGUUCGAUCGGAGCUCCGAUUUGAUCUUUCCUAAUUACGAUUCGCUUUCACAAAUCCCCAGGUUCUAUUUUCAGAAUCACGUACGAGUCGCAUUAGCAUCAUUUCCAAUUGCAACAAAAUAUGACACGGUUGAUUUCGUUUUUAGACGAUGCAUACUCGAUUUCUAUAGUGGUUUUGGAUAAAUGCGAGUGACGUGAUAUACAAGUACUGCAUCGAGCUGAUUGAUUAAAAAAUAUGGCUUGGUUUAGUGGGAAAGUCUCUUUAGGGAAUUUCCCUGAUCUUGCUGGGGCUGUGAAUAAACUCAGCGAGAGCGUCAAGAAUAUUGAGAAGAAUUUUGAUACGGCACUUGGUCUAGAAGAGAAAUCCGAACCUACCAGUAGUACAGAUGAAGGAUUGUGGCCAUCAGCUACAGACAGGAAAGCACUGUUCGAGCCAAUCAUGGGUUUUAUGGGGAAUAAAGGCGGGAACAGUAUUGUUGAAUCAUUGGCAGAGUCUAGUUCCUCCAAGCCUGCAUCUCCUCUUAAGGAAGAAGAAUCUAGUUCCUCAAAGCCUGCAUCUUCUGAUAAGGAAGAAUCCAGUUUCUCAAAGCCUGCAUCUCCUGUUAUGGAGAACGAAGUUAUCGACAAUGAUAGUUCAGCUAAUAUCACAAUUGAAAAAAAUCCUCCUGUGGAUGAAGCAAAUGAAGAAACAAAAAAGGUUGAUGAACAGCCAAAACACGCCGAGGAAUCAAAGGACGUCAGCGGGAAGCAAAAAGAUGCUGCUGAAUACAGUGAAGGCGGUGCAGAUUCACUGCCAGUGCCUGUUGAACUAUCUGAACAAAAUGUUGAACACAUUGAGCAAACAGAAUCUGCAAUGAACUUUGAAGAGAAAAUGUCGGAAGAAGAAUUGCCUAAAACCUUGGAGUUGGUCGAACCAGAUUCCGCAAGUCCUACGAGUGAGAUUGACGUUACUGCUGCAGCUUCUUCAAUUAAUGAAGUUAGUGAUUUGCCGGAGAGCAUGAAUGAGCUUAAUUCACAAGAAGAAGAUGUUAAGGAGAUUUCUACAGCCCAAGAGUUGAAUGUAUUGACUGAUGGACAAGCUGAAAAAGGAUCAGAUUCUCCAACUUCUGAUGAGGUGAGAAUUCCCCCAGAUUAUUCUGAAAGCAGCUUGCCUGACGUGCAAUAUGAAGAUGCAAAGCCUUCAGUGGAGGUACAUGAAAAUGAUGCUAUUUCUGAAUACGUUGAGGUGGAGCAGCAAUCAACUAUAGAAAAUGAAGUAAAAGAACAACAGCAUUCAAGUUCUGGAAGCAACUCAUCUGAUGUUGAAGAGUCUGCAGCAAAAUUGGAGAAGAUAAAGAAGGACAUGAAAACAAUGGAAAUUGCAUUGCAAGGAGCUGCUAGACAAGCUCAGGCCAAAGCUGAUGAAAUUGCAAAAUUGAUGAAUGAAAACGAGCAGCUAAAGGCCGUGAUUGAAGAUUUGAGGAAAGUAAGUUACUCUAUCCGCGAGUUGCAAGGUGGGCUUACUUAUACAUUGGGAAUACCUCAGUCAUCGAUGCUUAUGUCAAGACUGAAAUUCUUUCUAUGGAGGGAUGCCAAUAAUUUAUAUGCUUACGUCUGGGAAAUGAGUAUUCUCUCUUCUGCCAAUGAAGGAUUAAAAAAUAUGGCUUGGUUUAGUGGGAAAGUCUCUUUAGGGAAUUUCCCUGAUCUUGCUGGGGCUGUGAAUAAACUCAGCGAGAGCGUCAAGAAUAUUGAGAAGAAUUUUGAUACGGCACUUGGUCUAGAAGAGAAAUCCGAACCUACCAGUAGUACAGAUGAAGGAUUGUGGCCAUCAGCUACAGACAGGAAAGCACUGUUCGAGCCAAUCAUGGGUUUUAUGGGGAAUAAAGGCGGGAACAGUAUUGUUGAAUCAUUGACAGAGUCUAGUUCCUCCAAGCCUGCAUCUCCUCUUAAGGAAGAAGAAUCUAGUUCCUCAAAGCCUGCAUCUUCUGAUAAGGAAGAAUCCAGUUUCUCAAAGCCUGCAUCUCCUGUUAUGGAGAACGAAGUUAUCGACAAUGAUAGUUCAGCUAAUAUCACAAUUGAAAAAAAUCCUCCUGUGGAUGAAGCAAAUGAAGAAACAAAAAAGGUUGAUGAACAGCCAAAACACGCCGAGGAAUCAAAGGACGUCAGCGGGAAGCAAAAAGAUGCUGCUGAAUACAGUGAAGGCGGUGCAGAUUCACUGCCAGUGCCUGUUGAACUAUCUGAACAAAAUGUUGAACACAUUGAGCAAACAGAAUCUGCAAUGAACUUUGAAGAGAAAAUGUCGGAAGAAGAAUUGCCUAAAACCUUGGAGUUGGUUGAACCAGAUUCCGCAAGUCCUACGAGUGAGAUUGACGUUACUGCUGCAGCUUCUUCAAUUAAUGAAGUUAGUGAUUUGCCGGAGAGCAUGAAUGAGCUUAAUUCACAAGAAGAAGAUGUUAAGGAGAUUUCUACAGCCCAAGAGUUGAAUGUAUUGACUGAUGGACAAGCUGAAAAAGGAUCAGAUUCUCCAACUUCUGAUGAGGUGAGAAUUCCCCCAGAUUAUUCUGAAAGCAGCUUGCCUGACGUGCAAUAUGAAGAUGCAAAGCCUUCAGUGGAGGUACAUGAAAAUGAUGCUAUUUCUGAAUACGUUGAGGUGGAGCAGCAAUCAACUAUAGAAAAUGAAGUAAAAGAACAACAGCAUUCAAGUUCUGGAAGCAACUCAUCUGAUGUUGAAGAGUCUGCAGCAAAAUUGGAGAAGAUAAAGAAGGACAUGAAAACAAUGGAAAUUGCAUUGCAAGGAGCUGCUAGACAAGCUCAGGCCAAAGCUGAUGAAAUUGCAAAAUUGAUGAAUGAAAACGAGCAGCUAAAGGCCGUGAUUGAAGAUUUGAGGAAAAUAAAAUCAAAUGAAGCAGAAAUUGAAUCUCUCCGGGAGGAUUAUCAUCAAAGGGUGGCAACGCUUGAAAGAAAGGUUUAUGCUCUCGCUAAGGAAAGGGAUGCACUGCGCAGAGAGCAGAGUAAGAAAAUUGAUGCUGCAGCUCUUUUGAAGGAAAAAGAUGAAAUAAUCACUCAGGUUAUGGCUGAAGGUGAAGAGCUUUCAAAAAAGCAAGCUGCUCAGGAAUCUCAUAUGAGAAAAUUAAGGGCACAGAUUAGAGAGCUUGAGGAAGAGAAGAAAGGACUGCUUACCAAACUACAGGUAAUUCUCACUCAUUUUCUGCAUAUAGUUUUCAUUUGUCUGUAGGUUAAUGUAUGUCAU